AAGAGGGGAGGGAGGAAGCAGGGAGAGGAGAGAGGAGGCGGGGAGCUCACGGUUAAGAGGCAAUUGGUGUUGAGUCGCUAUCGGCGUGGUAGUGUUGCGCCGUGCUGGAGUUUGCGUGGUUCCUGAACAUCGUCGCCUCUGUCCGUCUCUCGUGCAUUUGCCCGUCGCCACGAUGGAGAGGGUGGCGAGCACCAUCCGGCAUGCUCCCAACAGCCUGCUGAACAGGCGCUCCGUGAACACGAUGGAAGCCGAUAGGGAGACGUUCGAACGCGUGCAGCUGACGAGCAUCAACAAGGCGGUGAACACACAGGAGGUGCCGGUCAAGGAAAAGCAUGCACGCAUCUGCAUCAUGGGCACGCACCAGGAGCGCGGUGCGCUCACCUUCUGGACGACGGCCAGCACGCUGCCGCUCUCCAGCAGCCCCGUCAUCAGCUGGAAGUUCUGCCACGUGCUGCACAAGGUGCUGCGCGAUGGACACCCCAACGUGCUGCAGGACUCGCUGCGCCGCAUGUCCAACCUGAAGGAUCUCGGCCGCAUGUGGGGCCAAAUGCACAGCCGCUUCGGGCAGAUGGUGAGCGUGUACAUCAAGCUGCUGCUCACCAAGAUGGAAUUCCACGAGAAGAAUCCGAUCUUUCCACCAAAUCUGGCGGUGAGCGAUGCCAAGCUCGAGGAGGCCGGAGGUAACGACGCCAGCACGAUAUUUCAGCUCACGGUGUCGAUGUUCGACUACAUGGAAUGCGAGCUCACCCUCUUCCAGACCGUGUUCAACUCGCUGGACAUGUCGAAGGCCGUGUCAAUGACCCAGUCUGGGCAGUGCCGUCUGGCGCCGCUCAUCCAGGCCAUCCAAGACUGCAGCCACCUCUACGACUACAUCGUCAAGCUGCUCUUCCGCCUACACUCCUGUCUCCCAGCGGACACCCUGGACGGACACAGGCAACGUUUCCAAGACCAAUUCAAGAGGCUCAAGGACUUCUUCCACCGCUGCAGCAACCUGCAGUACUUCAAGCGCCUCAUCCAGAUCCCGCGGCUGCCCGACAAUCCUCCCGACUUCCUGCGUGCCUCAGCCCUCUUCGAGCACGUCAAGCCAGUCGUGGUGAUCCCGGGGGACAGCGUCGAGCCUGACGACUUGGUGGAACCGGAGGUGGUGGAGCCGGUCCACAGCCCUUUGGUGGCAGCGGAGCCCAAAGUGGAAAAUAUCCUCGACUUCAGCAAUGGCAGCAGCGCUCCUGACGAGAGGGACCAGCUCAUUGAACGUCUGCAGCGGGAGAUCGAGAGGCUCAAGGGGGAACUGGAGUUCCUCAAGGCCGAGAGCCGCCGCCUGAUCGUGCAGCUGCGGGAGCGCGUGGUGCAGCUGGAGCGCGAGUUGGCGGAGGAGCGCGGUCUGCGCGUGCGGGCGCAGACCGAGGGCCAGCGUGUGCAGGCCGAGCUGUGCGAGGCCCAGCGCGACAGGGAGGAGACGGAGUUGGCCCAGAGUGCGCUCACCGAGGUGGAGAAGAAGGCGCAAGCGAGCGAGCAGCGCUUUGUGAAGAUGAAGGAGAAGCACACGGAUCUGGUGAAGACGCACGCGGAGCUGCUGAGGAAGAACGCUGACGUGGCGCGACAGCUGACGACGCUGCUGCAGGCCAAGGAGGAGGCCGAGACGGCGCGGGCUGGCAUCGAGAAGAUUAUCCAGCAGACCGAGCAAGAAACGGAUACUAAGCUGCAGGAGCAGAGGCGCGUGGUGGAGAGGCUUGAGAAGGAGCUGGAGAGCAGCCGCCAGGACCUGACCUCGCUCCGGUUCACGCUGGAGAGCACCGAGAAGUCGGGCACGGAGCUGUCGAGCCGGCUGCAGUCUCUGCAGGACGAGAAGCGCCGGAUCCAUGAGGAGCUGGAACAGCGCAGCCAGGAGGUGACGGCGCUGGGAUCGCAGCUGAGCGAGCGUGAGCGCGCUCUCGACGACAACAAGCAGCAGAAGCAGGCCGAGGUGCAGCAGCUGCAGCAGCGGCUGUCUGACAAGGAGGCACAGGAGAAGUCCCUGAGGCAGCGUCUCCUGGAGGAGCAGUUCCUGCUGCUGCGGGGCGCCGUGGAGGAGGGCGAGCGCAUCGUGCGCGACGCCAUCGACAAGCUGGACGACCCGCUGCACGUCGGAUGCAAGAGCUCCCCGGACUAUCUCAUCACGAGGGCGCAAGCGUCGCUGGAGUCUGUGGCUCGCACCAAAGCGGGUCAUGCCCAGUACGUGAAGGAUGAGUCUGAUGCGAGUGGAUUGCUCCGAGCGGUUUCUGGGCUCUCCCACCUGGUCAGCGACACGAUCGUACAGGGCAGCGCCACCUCGCACCUGGUGCCGGGGGACCAGGCCGACCGCCUGACGGAGGCGUGCCAGCAGUGUGGCGACGGCGCCCUAGCCUUCCUGGACAAGCUGAAGGAGCGCUCGACGCUGCCCGGCGCCAACCCCGAAGCUCUGCGCGCCACCCUGGAGCGCCUCGUCCGCAUUGGGGAGGACCUGCGUCCCAAGGGCAUGGACGUGCGUCAGGAGGAGCUGGGGGACCUGGUGGAGCAGGAGAUGGCGUCCACAUCCGCUGCCGUGGAAGCGGCAGCGGCUCGCAUUGAGGACAUGCUGAACAAGUCGCGGGCGGCCGACACAGGCAUCAAGCUGGAGGUGAACGAGCGGAUUCUCGCGUCUUGCACGGAUCUGAUGCAAGCAAUCAAAAUUCUCAUCGUCGCAUCGUCGGAGCUCCAGAGAGAAAUCGUGGAGAGCGGACGGGGUGCCGCCUCGCCGAAGGAGUUCUACGCCAAAAACUCUCGCUGGACCGAGGGCCUCAUCUCUGCCUCGAAGGCCGUGGGCUGGGGCGCCACCAUGCUGGUCGAAGCGGCCGACAAGGUGGUGCAGGGCGACGGCAAAUUCGAGGAGCUCGUGGUCUGCUCGCACGAGAUCGCCGCCAGCACCGCACAGCUCGUCGCUGCCUCCAAGGUGAAGGCCGAGAGGAACAGCGGCAAGCUGGCACGCCUGCAGCACGCGUCGCGCGGGGUCAACGAGGCCACGGCCCGCGUCGUCGCCUCCACCAAGACCGGGAUGUCGCAGAUCGAGGAGUCCGGAGCUAUGAACUUUAAGGAUAUGACCAUGACCCUGACGCAAGCAAAGCUUCGAGAAAUGAACUGCCAGGUCAAGGUGCUGGAGCUGGAGAAUCUGCUGGAAAAGGAGCGCAUGCGGCUGGGCGAGCUCCGGAAGAAGCACUACGAGCUGGCCGGCACCUUGGCGCAGGGAGGAGACGGGAACUGAGGCCCGCGUCGGCGGUGAGAGUGGAGGAGGUGAAGUUGGCGGGUCCGCAUUGCCUCCCUGGGAUAUUCGUCCCCUCCACCCCGCACGGGGGGCAACCGUGCGAGUGCUUUUGCAAUAGCGAGACGGAGCUCAACGGAUGUUUUACUGGGACUCGAGAAUGUUUCUUGUUGUGUUUUAUGAGGCGGUGGGUGGGGGUGUGGACGCUGACAGCUUUUGCUUCCCCUUUCCUGCGCUCUCGCGUCCCGGGGGCCCCCCACCCCGUACGGACCGUCAUUUACUCCUUAAACCACGACCCCCCCCCCCCCCCCGGGUUCGUCGAUGUGCAAUGAGGGUGCGGAGAAUCGAAACGCGCCUGGCACCUCAUGGUUGGUGAGCGUGGCCACCACACCUGUGGUGCCGGCAGCAAGGCCGGGCUGCUGUGUUCGAUGUGCGCUCGGACUGACAGCUUGGGGAUGGAGGAGGGAGGGAAGGAGCGUAGGUGGGGGGGGG